CGUCCCCUCCCGGAAGUGGCGGCGACGAGGCGAGCACCGCGAGCACCACGUGUCGGGGAGAGCCGCCAGGCGACACGCGGCCUUCGAGUCUCGCCUGCGACUCCCGGAGUAGCGGGCGGCGGGCGGGGGGGUGAGAGCCACAGAUUACGCCUCGAAGCUUCUCUGCCGAGUGCUGCCCUUGAUUACUCCGCGCGGUAUAGACACGGCUCCCGAGCGCACUCACACUCGCCUGUGAGUGCCGUGCGGGUUUAGCGCGUUACUCGCAGCAGCAGCAGCAGCAGCCAUCAGCACUCGCCAGCACCAUCGGCAUCGCCGAUAUCAGCAGCAGCACCCCUAUACUCUGCAGCAUCAGCAGCAAGCAGCGGCCUCCCUCCACGCGUGAGCCAUGCCCAAGGAGAAGCGCGCCCGUGACACGGGCCGAACUCUGGGCCUGGCCGACCAGAUCGCGAUGAGCCGCUCGGCGCCCCGAGCCCCGCGGGCCCCGCGGCCCGAGCGAGCGAGGCCCGAGGACGCGUUCGUCGACGACGCGCUGACGGCCAAGAUCCUGCAGCAGGCGAGGGAGCAGCAGCAGGAGGAGGAGGAGGAAGAGGAGCAGCAGGGGGAGGAGGGGGAGACGGGGCCGGAGGGAGCGCGCGUGGGACGCCGCUCCGCCGCCAAGAUCACGCGGCUCGGUGCGGCCGUGCGGGAUGGGGGCUCUGGAUCGUCGGACGACGAGGAGCAGGAGGAGGAGGCGGACGAGGAGUGGCCCUCGUUGUCCCAGAGCGCGGCCCUCGCGCGCGGCACGGGCGGGCACCCGUACGAGUGCGUGGAGGUGGACGCCGAAGAUGAGCGCGCCAUCGAGAUGUUCAUGAACAAGAACCCGCCAGCCAGGCAGACGCUGGCGGACAUCAUCAUGGAGAAGAUCACUGAGAAGCAGACGGAGGUGGCGUCGGCGCUGUCGGAGGCCACGGGGCGACCCAUGCCGGCGCUGGACCCGCGCGUGCUCGAAGUCUACAAAGGCGUGCGCGAGAUCUUAACAAAAUACAGAAGUGGGAAGCUUCCCAAGGCCUUCAAAAUCAUCCCGGCGCUCUCAAACUGGGAGCAGAUUCUGUACGUCACGGAGCCCGAGAGUUGGUCGGCAGCGGCAGUCUACCAGGCCACCAGGAUCUUCACGUCGAACUUGAAGGAGCGGAUGGCGCAGCGCUUCUUCAACCUCGUGCUGCUGCCGCGCGUACGCGAUGACAUCGCCGAAUACAAGCGCCUCAACUUCCACCUCUACAUGGCGCUCAAGAAGGCCCUGUUCAAGCCUGGGGCCUGGUUCAAAGGGAUUCUGCUCCCUCUGUGCGAGUCGGGCACCUGCACCCUCAGAGAGGCCAUCAUCGUCGGCAGCAUCCUCUCCAAGUCCUCCAUCCCCGUGCUGCACUCCAGCGCCGCACUGCUGAAGAUCGCCGAGAUGGAGUACAGCGGCGCCAACAGCGUCUUCCUGCGCCUGUUCCUCGACAAGAAGUACGCGCUGCCGUACCGCGUGCUGGACGCCCUCGUGUGUCACUUCCUGCGCUUCCGCGCCGACCGGCGCACGCUGCCCGUGCUGUGGCACCAGGCUCUGUUGGUGCUGACACAGCGCUACAAGGAGGACCUCUCCUCCGAGCAGAAGGAGGCGCUGCUGGAGCUCAUCAAGGUGCACGGCCACCCCGCCGUGACGGGCGAGGUGCGGCGCGAGCUCCAGCAUUCGGCCUCGAGGGACGUGGAGAUGAUGCAGCUGGCGCCCAUGACAGAUGGCACCGCAAUGCUGGAGUGAUGCGCGGGUGACAGUGAUGGGGAGGGGGGCAGUGACAGU